AUGGCUAGUCUCUCUCGCAAUCUGAAGGAACUGAUUGCUGAACGCUUGAACGUGUCCCUCGAGAAGAUCACAGACACAGCGGACUUGAAAGAAGAACUGAAUCUUGAUCAGUCCGACAGAUCUAAACUGACUGCCGCUCUGAGCAAGAGGUUCGAUAUCAGCAUCACGAACGAAGACACUGAUCGUUUCGUUACUACUCGGGAUAUCUUUCUCUAUGUAGAGAACAAGUUGUGGUGGUACAGUCUGUGA